AUGCAAACCCUCUACAACGCUUUAAUCCGCACCCACCACAUAACUUCCCGCAAAAAGGUAGCCGCCCUCAAACGCGCCGCAGAUACACACCAAUGCGCCGUGCUCCUACGCUCCGGCGGGUGUCCGGGGAUCAUGUACGUGGAGGGUGGGAAGGAACGGGUAGAGAGCUGGGUGGAUGUUGUGCGUCACCUACGAUAUAAGGAUUUCCAGUUGGUGACAAGGCCCGGGGUUGUGGAGGAGGAGGGGGAAGGUGGGAAACAAGGGACUGGGAAUGGGAAAGAGUUGGAUCUCCCAUUAGGACUGGAUGAGGUGGAUAGUGUCAAGGAGUUUGGGGGCAUCAUGGCGAGGAGGGGGGUGUGGAAUUGGUGGAGGAGGGGGAUGGGAUAUGCUUGA